GCGCGUUCCGGGCAUGAGCGCAGCGGAAAGAUGGCGGGCGCCGAGGUUGAUGCGGACGUUAGGAAGCUGAUGGGCAACCUGCGGCAGCUGGGCAACGAGCUGCGGGAGCUCGGCGUGUCCGUGCAGUCGUCCGGGGAUUACUGCCAGCGCUUCUGCCAGACACUUGUACAGUAUGCUGGGAAGUGGAAGAUAUCUGAAGAUCCUUUACCUUUAUUGGAAGUGUAUACUGUAGCCAUACAGAAUUACUCAAAAGCACGACCUUGCCUCACUGCGGAGUGUGAGAAUGUAUGUUUUGUGCUUGACCGACUAGCAUUGAGCUGCACUGAGCUUUUGCUUUGCCUGCCUGAUGAAGUACCAGACACACUUUGGGAGCAGUUUCAGGCCUGUGUACAAGCAGCACAUAAAGUGCUAUCAGAAUAUGGAAAUCCAGAACUUCAAAUGCUGGCUGUACUUGCCAAAGAAGGUGGGGUAUGGAAGAACUCUGUACUUAACAACAUUUUCUCCCAGCAGCCAUUGGAACAGGAUAAAGUGAGUGAAUUUCUGAUGCAGGAAGGUCCUGCCCUUCUUGAAAUGCGAAUCCGACACCUCAUCAAGGGAAAGAGGUUUGAUCAGGCUGCAAAGCUGGCAAAAGUUUGUGCUGAGCAUCCAGAAAUUGGUACAAAGAGUAUUUUUAAACAGAUUUACCUAACCUGUCUUUGUACUUCAUCAUCAAGUGAAACCUUGAUGGAAGAGAUUUCAGCUGUUGACUGCAAAGAUGCAUUGGAGAUGAUUUGUAACCUGGAAUCCGAUGGGGAAGAGAAUUUAGCCCUCAUCUUGUGCACAGCCUUCCUCACACGGCAGCUUCAACAAGGAGACCUAUAUUGUGCUUGGGAGCUGACACUGUUCUGGAGCAAAUUGCAGCAACGGAUAGAGUCAUCUUCCUUAACCUUUCUGGAAUGCUGUCGGCAAUUCUCCAUGUUGUCUAAAACAGUUUAUCACAUAUUCUUUUUGAUUAAGGUCAUACAGUCAGAGGCAGGGGAAGCUGGGCUUUCAGCUUGUAUUGAGCUGUGUGUGAGGGCACUACGCAUGGAAUCAAAUGAAAGUCCUUCAGUGAAAACAUCCAUCUGCAAGACAGUGUCAUGUUUGUUACCUGAUUAUUUAGAGGUCAGGCGAGCAUGCCAGCUCACUGAAUUCCUCCUGGAGCCCACAGUAGAAGCAUAUUAUGCAGUUGAGACUUUGUACAACCAGCCGGAUCAGAAGUAUGAUGACGAAAAUGGCCCAAUCCCAAAUUCACUGAGAUGUGAACUCCUGCUUGUUUUGAAAACUCAUUGGCCCUUUGAUCCUGAAUUCUGGGACUGGAAGACUCUGAAACGACAUUGUCUUGCAUUAAUGGGGGAGGAAGCAUCCAUCGUGUCUUCUAUUGAUGAGCUUAAUGACAGUGACCUGUUCGAAAACAAUGAGAGCCAUCCAGAAGAAACUGCUAUGAAAGAACAUUCGCUGAAUGGACUUCCUAAAUUUUACAGCGAUGUGAUGAAAGUAGAGAAUGGUUCAUCUGAAAAAGUAGAAAGGAAGGAAAACCCUAAGAUUGAGAAAGGUGUGGUAUCUGCCAGAUUUAAGAAUUGGCAGGCAUAUAUGCAAUAUUGUGUAUUAUGCGACCGAGAGUUUCUGGGGCACCGUAUUAUCCGUCAUGCUCAAACUCAUGUGAAGGAUGGAAACUAUUACUGUCCUAUAUGUGCCAAAAGUUUCAAGAAAAAGGAGAUUUUUGUUCCACAUGUUACAUUUCAUAUUAAACAGUCGUGUAAAGAACGACUGGCAUCUAUCAAACCAAAAAGGAGAGUUGGAAGGCCUCCAAAGAAUCUGACUGACUUCAGUCCUGCAGAUAAAAAAAUAGCUGAAAUAGAUAAACAAGAACAUCGUCCAAUUAAAAGGAACAGCCUGUAUGGCGAGGAUUUUGUAGUCUUCAGUGAUAGUGAUGGUUCUGAUGAUGAAGGUAAGGACAAAUCAUACAAACCCGAAAUAACCACACAGAAAGUGGAUUACACUGAAGAUUAUAACUGUCCCGUUACGAUCUGUACCAAAACUUUUAAGUAUUUUAAAAACUUAAUUGCGCAUGUGAAAGGUCAUGGUAAUGAUGAAGAAGCAAAACAGUUUCUUAAAAUGCAAAGUAAUAAAGUUGUUUGUCAGUAUUGUCGCAGACGCUUUGUCAGCGUUUCUCACCUUAAUGAACAUUUGCAAAUUCACUGUGGCCCUAACCCAUAUGUCUGUAUUCAACUGGAAUGUAAUGCAAGCUUUAGCACUUACUCUGAAUUGGUAGGACAUAGAAAAGAACAUCUACUGUUCAAAGCCAAAUGCAUGUUUCAGAAUUGUGGAAGGAUUUUCACAGAGUCUUAUUUGUUAUACGAUCACGAAGCACAACAUUACCACAAUUCUUCAUAUACUUGCAAGUUCUCAGACUGUGGGAACAUUUACUACUCUCAGAGUGAACUGCAAAAGCAUGAAGUUGGUCACACAACACAUGCCUGUGUGAAAAUUGAAACUGAAAAUAGCUCACCUUUUCAAGCAGACCAGUUGGCUACAAAUAGAACUGAUAGAGUAGGCCAGUUGUUACAAAUAAAGGCCGAAGAUGAGCUACGCCUUGAGUCCGAUGUUUAUGAGAAUGGUUUUAGUACUGAUUGUGUUCCAAGUGAAACUGCCAAGCCUAAAUCUUCCAUGUCAGAGGAUCUAGAGGAGCCUUCCACUGAGCAACAGAACCACCUUCCUAAAAAUGAGAAUUGUGUUACCAUAAAGAAUGAAAAGACAGAGAGUACAGAUAUGGCUCAUGCUGUCUUACCAGAAACCGUGUUUAAAGGGGAGGAUGCUCCUAUCCCAAUGCUGCCUAUAGAAACUGCAGCUGGUGAAGCUGCAAAAUCAGUCCAAAGGUUCAACUGUAAGGUUGAUGGCUGUAGUCGAAGCUAUACCUCAUCACGUAGUGUGAGUAAACAUAUCAAAGCUGCCCAUCCAGAAUUCUAUGAAAUGCUUAAGCAACAACGAAACUUAGCAAAAAAACAGCAAGUUAGAAAUCCCCCAAAGUGUCAAAAUCAGGAAAAGCCUUCAAAUCCAUUGUGUUAUCCAAAUGAGAGAAUCUCAGCUCCAACACCUGAAAGCACUACCAAUACAGACGAUGCAGUUUAUCAGCAGCAGGUACCCUGUGUUUUAACAGUUGAAACUGAGAAUGUGGCUCCGUCCAGGAAGAAAAGGCAUACACACAACAAGCGUGCAAAAUGGCCUGCAAUCAUUAAAGGUGACAAGUUUAUCUGUAGUAGGUGCUACAGAGAGUUUACUAAUCCUAAAUCUCUUGGAGGUCAUUUAUCACGUCGGGCAAUAUGUAAGCCGUAUGAUAAAAAGGAAAGUUCUUCAAUUGUGGAGCAAAAGAAUGGACAGGCUCUAUAUGUGACUGAAAAGAUUCUUUCAUCUGAUGUGUUCACACCACAAGGACAUGAACCACCCUGUAUCUCAGAUACAUUUUUGACUGGUGAGACAUUCCUUCAAUCAUUGGAAAUGGGAGACAGUACAGAGCCAUUUGCUGGUCACGAGCUCUUUCAAUCCACGCAGGAGAACAAUUACAAUUCGAGUAUAUUUGAGCCAAGCAAGACUCUCCCAGUCACCAGCCUUCCUGGAACAUUUGAUUCAGAAGUAAUUCAGCAGACUUUUCAGCCUGGGUUUGAGAUGAGUGCAGUAGAAACAAGUUCAUCCAACAUAACCAUAUCACAGGCACUCACAACUAUGUGUAGCCCAAGGUCAUUUGUGGCUGGUGAAGAUAUGUCACUCAGCACUGAGGUCCCACCAAUGCUGGAUGUGACUAGCUCAUCUGCAUAUUCAUCCUGUGAACCCUUGCAACAGCCACUAGAAUCCAACUUUUGUUCAGGAACAUAUGCUGACAAUGAGAUUCACGCACAAAACUUGGAAAGUAGCUGUGAGCCCUCUGUGUUUUUUACUAAUGGUGCCCUCCCUGAUAUUGAUACAACUCAUAAUUCAUCUCACUCUGAAGACCCCAGGACAUUAGAUAUAAGAAUAGCUGAGGUUUUGUUGGGCUUGCAGAACCUGAACUUGGAGUAUGAUGAGAAGCCUUACACAAGUGGUGCCCCACGCCAAACCUCACGGUCAGAAACACCAGUAUCCUCUAUGAACAUCUCAACACAUGCACCAAUGAAUAGUUGUACCAGUGGUCUGAACAUUAUCAACCAGUGCUUGACAGCACCACAGGCAAACACUUCACUGCAGCUCACUGACACUGAGAAUGACAAAGAACUGAAAGUGAACCUCAUCAAACCUUUCAUCUGCCAGGAAUCUGGCUGCAUAUAUAGUGCAAUGACUAAAGACGCUCUCACAAAUCAUUAUGUCAAAGUACAUCAGUACUCCAAAGAGCAAAUUAUGGAAAUAAAGAUGUAUCAGACUAGAUUUGCUCCAUUUAAGUGCCAUGUUCCUAACUGUCAGAAAACUUUUACAAGGAACUCCAAUCUUCGAGCCCAUUACCAGUUAGUGCAUCAUGUAACACGGGAGGAGCUAGUAAAAUUGAGAAUUAAACGAGUAUACUGUAAAAAAUUGGAGGGUCAGUAUAAAACUACAGAUUCUUUGCCGCCAUUGCAAGAAAUCAUUCCUCAAUCUACUGUUAAUGGGACACAAGAUGAUAAAUCAAUCAGUCUGCAUGAAUUGGACACAGUAACUCCAGUGCCCAAUGAGGUUAAUUCUGAAAUGGGUCUCCAUCUACCCAGUGCACAUAAUGACAAGACUGUCCUUUAUGAUCAGGGGCUCUCACAGAAUGGCUCAGUGCUUCUGGCAAGUCUGGAAAAUUGCUCCCCAUUAUCAACACAGCUCCAAAAUACUUUGGCACAAUCCAUAGGCCCACAAGACACCUUGGUACCCAGAGCAGUGUCUCAGGAUAUCCCGUUGCUGCUGGCAGGGCCCACAGGUGACACUGUUGAGCCACAUAGUAGCCCUACAUCAGCUGAAGAUCUGCUGACAAUCUCACCACUCUUGACAUGGCCACAGACUGUUUUGCCACUGCCUGUGAAACCCCAGGAUAUUUCCACCAUUCCCGCAGGGCUGCAGGAUAUGCCCCUCCUGCCAGCACAGCAACAGUGUACAUCUCCACUACCCACAAUGCCACAGUCUAUCCCCAUACCUGGAGCUCCAGCUGUUCUGCCAAUUACAACAGGCCCGACAGAUGUCCCAUUCAUGCCAGCAGAGCAAGUGGCCAUCUCCAGAAUAUUACCAAACACGCUGACUAUCUUGCCACUGACGUCCAGGUCAGAUGAUGUACCAUUGUUGUCGAUGAGUUCAUCUAGUUCCUUGCCUGUGUCUGUGGGAAUGCUGGGUUCCUCUGCUUUAACUGUGGGGCCACCAGGUGCUUCACCCAUGUCUUUGGUGUUGCCGGGAUCUUCAUCCAUUUCUGUCGGGUUGCCGGUGUCCACGGUGCUACCAGCCUCCUCUGCUGUGUCUGUAAGGCCAUCAGAUGCUUCAUCUAUAACCACAGGGCUGCCGGGAUCAUCACCCAUGACAGCAGUACUGCCAGGAUCGUCACUAGUGACCACAGGGCUGCCGGGAUCAUCACCAGUCACUACGGCACUGCCAAGAUCAUCGCCAGUGACAACAAUGUUGCCAGGAACAUCACCUUUGCCCCUUGGGCUACCAGGAUCACCGUCAAUGACCGCAGGGCUGCCCAGAUCAUCGCCGGUGACUGCAGGGCUGCCGGGAUCAUCGAUUACUGCAGGAGUUCUAGAAUCAUUGCCAGUGACUGCAGAGAUGUCGGGUCCAUUGCUGGUGACUACAAGGCUACCAGAAUCAUCGCCAGUGACCACUGGACUGCUUGGAUCAACACCAGUGACCACAGGGCUGCCGGGAUCAUCUCCGGUGACCACAGGGCUUCCGGAAUCAUCUCCGGUGACCACAGGGCUGCCUGGGUCAUCCCCAGUGACCACAAGGCUGCCAAGGUCAUCCCCAGUGACCGCAGGGCUGCCUGGAUCAUCCCCAGUGACCACUGGACUGCCGGGAUCAUCCCCAGUGACCACAGGGCUGCGUGGAUCAUCUCCAGUGACCGCAGGGCUGCCUGGAUCAACACCAGUGACCACUGGACUGCCUGGAUCAUCUCCAGUGACCGCAGGGCUGCCUGGAUCAACACCAGUGACCACUGGACUGCCUGGAUCUUCCCCAGUGACCGCAGGGCUGCCAGGGUCAUCCCCAGUGACCACAGGGCUGCCUGGAUCAUCCCCAGUGACCGCGGGGCUGCCAGGGUCAUCCCCAGUGACCGCAAGGCUUCCUGGAUCAUCCCCAGUGACCGCAGGGCUGCCAGGGUCAUCCCCAGUGACCGCAAGGCUUCCUGGAUCAUCCCCAGUGACCGCAGGGCUGCCAGGGUCAUCCCCAGUGACCGCAAGGCUGCCUGGGUCAUCCCCAGUGACUGCAAGGCUGCCUGGAUCAUCCCCAGUGACCGCAAGGCUGCCAGGGUCAUCCCCAGUGACCGCAAGGCUGCCUGGAUCAUCCCCUGUGACUGCAGGGCUGCCUGGAUCAUCCCCUGUGACUGCAGGGCUGCCUGGAUCAUCCCCAGUGACCGCAGGGCUGCCUGGAUCAUCCCCAGUGACCACAAGGCUGCCUGGAUCAUCCCCUGUGACUGCAGGGCUGCCAGGGUCAUCCCCAGUGACUGCAGGGCUGCCUGGAUCAUCCCCUGUGACUGCAGGGCUGCCAGGGUCAUCCCCAGUGACUGCAGGGCUGCCAGGGUCAUCCCCAAUGACUGCAGGGCUGCCAGGGUCAUCGCCCCUCACCACAGGGCUACUGGGCACCCCUCUUUCAGCAGAACCACCGAAGGUGUUUAUAAAUCAGAUACAAAAACGUGAUGCCUUUCUACAUCCAGAGAGACCUGAAGAUGUGGUUGUGCAGCCAUCAGAGAUAUCAGUGCAGGAAAGGAAAUGUGAGGGAAAUUUGGAGCAAACUGGAGGCACAACAACAUUGAUGAAGGUGUCCGGGGAAAGGAAGUGCAAGAAAUCAGUUGCAAAGGUAAGAGCAGAGUGUGACAGCAAUAACUUCCACAAACCAUACCAGUGUGUUCACAAAGGUUGCUCUGCAGCUUUCACGAUUCAGCAAAACCUAAUUCUGCACUAUCGAGCUGUACACCAGUCUGACCAACAGCUGCUUCACACACAGCUAAAACAGGAAAUCACCCAAAGUGACAACAUCCAGGUUAAAGAGUUUCAGUGUCAGAUUGAUGAUUGCUGCAGAAUUUUUCAAGGAGCGACUGAUCUCAUUAAACACUACUCUGAACUUCACAGUCUCGCCAUAGAUGAAAUUGGAAAAAUCAUGUCUGCAAGUGAAGGGCAGUUUCAUUGCGACCAAGCUCAUUGCGUGUCUUCAUUUACAGUGUUCUGGAACUUUAUCAAACACCUUCUGGUAGCCCAUGGUGUAGAUGUGGAUAGUCCACAAAAUGAUGCAGAUGCAGCAUGUUUUAGGUGUGACUGUGAAGGCUGUGAUCGUACUUAUGCCACCAGAUCAAACCUUUUAAGACACAUCUUUACAAAGCACAGAGAGCUGCAUCAAUCUCAUUUAAUGAGGCCCAGAAGAAUCAUACCAUCGGACCAAGAAAACUUUCCAAGGGUAAUUACUCAGGAUGGUCUCACAGAUGAAAAAAGCUAUUUUGAAUCUGAAGAACUUAGUGAAAAUGAAGAUGCUGUGAAUCACAGUAAAUCUAGUGAAUGUUCUGCUUCAGAUAGCAAUAAUAUGAAAAGUGGUGAAAUUGAUGAUAAGUCAUACAACUCCAGGAAAGUUGGUAAAUAUACUUUCAAAAGUAAGGCUCAAGCCUUGGCCAUGUGCAGCAGCAAGGCUCUGAAAGAACAGUAUCCGUGCAUGUUUGAGAACUGUUCAUCUGUUGUUACCAGUGAACAAUGUCUGGUAAAACAUUAUAGAAUUCAUCACAAAAUAUCUAGUGUAUUUGUUAGUCAAUACCACAAUUAUCUGGUAAUUUGCAGGAAGCUUUCAAAUGUCCAAGGGACAGAAUUGACUGAAUGCAUAAGCAGUCAUGAAGAACGAUCAGUGGAGUAUGCUGUCAAUGGAGAUGUGAUUUGGCCACAAGACAAUUUAAGUGAAAUAGAGGUUUUCAGUAAAAAGCUGGGAAACGAUAAUUCCUUCAAGAGUUCCAUUGAUGAACUUUCAGAAUCGCUUAAUGCUGAGGUUAUUGAAGGCACAGGUAGUAAGUCCAUUGCAACUGAACAGAAAGAGAUCACUGGUGAGAAGAAAUUCACUGAUGCAGGUAGCUACCAGCCUUCUAGGAAAAGAUCAACCAUUCAACUGGAUGUCUUGGGUACAGAAGAGGGCAUACAGACUAAAAAGAAAAGGAGCUUAAUUGAAGAAACACCUGAGCAGCUGUUGAAAGAUGAUCCAAACCAAGCUCUCCAUCAGAAGAAGGGUUGUCCUCCAGAGCGCAGCUUGUGCACACACAAGACACAUCACCAUAAGUCUUUUGAUUUAAGUACAUUUAAGCCCAUGGGAUUUGAAAUUUCCUUCCUGAAGUUCCUUGAGGAAUCUGCUCUGAAGCAAAAGAGAAAAGCUCUGGCCAGUAAAGGUUCAUCUACUGUUAACACCGAGAAAGUGGUGGAUGGCAGAUUAAAUUCAUCCUUUGUCACAGAAGAUGACGCGGACAGAUUGCCAACAAAGCAUCCUGUCAAAAAAGACACAAAUUCGGUGGUUCUUACUGACUACAACAAGCAAUCUGUCACUGAUAAACUAUAUGAUCAAAAUACCGAGCAUCGGACUCUUGGUAAUUUUACAAAUCCUUUAUCUCUUCGUAUUUUUAAAAACAUAAAAAUUAUAAUGGAUAAGGCAGACUCAAACUGUGUUGAGCUUGCUGAAAAGCAGCUUCAACAUAUGCAUCCCACAGUAGUCCUUAGUCGAGUAAAGGUAGACUUCAAUAUGCUGGCCCAAGUUAAGGAUAUAAAGGAAAGACUCACUGUUAAGAGUACAUAAUUCUGUAACACAUAGUGUAUGUAUUGGAGAAAAUAGAAGCUGUAAUUUGCUUAAAUUUGGUCCUUGAUAGUAUUUGAACCAAAAGGAUGCCUGUACAUUUUAACCAAAGCAUGUUUGUAAAUGUCUUUUUUAAUAUAAUUUUUUAAACAAAAUCUAAUGUGGCAGUAGCCAUGUUCAGUGUAUUCAACAGAAUCCCUAUGGGACUAAAUUAUGACACAGAACGAUUGGUCUGUUUAUGUAAAACAAAUGUAAUUUGAAGUCAAGACAUUUGUAUACAAAGGAGAGGUGAGACUUGGACUGUUAUGUAGGUUCUGUUAAUAACCUGAUAGGUCAGUAUUCCUGAGCAUGAUGGUGCAAACACUGUAUGAUAUAGUUUGAGCAGUACUUUUAUCAUUGUGUACAUACUUAAAGAGAUUGUAUCCCAUUUACUACAAAGCCUUUCUAGUCCCAAUCCACAAGUACAAAUUGUACACAAAUGAAAUCAGAAGCUGCUGGAAAUACUCAGCAAGUUAGGCAUCAAAGUGGAGAGACGUGGAGUUAAUGUUUCAGGUUCAUGGCCUUCCAUCAGACUGGUUCUGCAUAACAUUGGACAUCACCAUAAUAAAGGUCUCUUGCAAAGUUUAAAAUGGUUUGUAUUUUAUUAAUUCUGCUGUAUUUUGUCCUAUUUGAUACAACAUUACAAAUGAUGCUCAAACAUUCUUGGUUUUUGGAGAGGGGAAGAGUAUGUAUAUCUUGUAGAAAUUUCAAACUUCUUUGUAUGUUCUUUAUGGGAUACUCUCUCUUACAACACCAUCUUGUAAGAGUUUUGAGAACAAGCUCCAGCAAUACAAGCUGUGUAAUAUAGUCAAGCUCCUUGAUGUUUUUGUUUAAAACUGUGACUAGUGGAGAAAAUACAGCUUAAAAAAUCCUUUUGAGAGAUGUUUUAACUUAAUAAAAACAGACCAUGUUAUUCCAGAACCCUUCAUAUACUGUAUAUAAUCAAUACUAAACUGUAGAAAAUGUUUAAAAAUGCAUUAAAACUAAGUACCCAACCUGAAUGUAAAAACGCUGUUGAAGAUUGGAUUUGCAGUGAUCCAAAUACUUGAAGACAACUUUAAUGCAAAAAACAAGGUGAGGAAUUCGAAAGUAAAUGAGGUUAAUGUUCAGACUUCAGAGGUUCAAUCUGAUGAUAAUGAUCUUCUGUGAGCAAUUCUGUACUGACACACAGUUUUACUGCUCUGGAGCUCUGUUACUGAAGGUGUAUGCAUCUGAAAUUCUUUUGUUUCUGAACUUAAUGACCAAUACUGAGUGUCUGAAUGUUCAUUGAUAACUUGCUCAGGAUCUUAACAUCUGGUAUGAAUUCACAGUUUGAAGUGGCCAAAUCAGCAGAAUACUAGUGAACAGUCCGUUUUGGCAAACCAGAAUUCAUCUUGACAUGUACCGCUUGCAGUGCACCUUGCCAAAGGUUUAUUCAAAACAUAUAACAUGGUAUCAGGGGAAAACAAAAGGAUUUUUUGACAGUCUGUAAUUGUGGGGAAAACAUUCCUUUCUUUUGUAAACUAGCGUGUAUCUAUAGCUGUAUCUCAUUUAUAUAUUUGAAUACAGUAUUGUUAUUGUAAAUAAUGCAGUAGUAUUUAGAUGAACUAUUAAAAUAGAAAAUUAGAUGUCACUUUAAAUAAUGCAUUUGUUUUGUUAAAUUAAUAUAAAAAUAUUAAA